AAUAAUCGUUACGUACGUAGUUUUUGCUAUCAACACAAAACGUGAAUCAUUAAUGGCAAAUUUCGCUUUAAAAAUACCUUCAAACUAAGAUAACAUCGCUUUCGAUUUCUUACMGGUAGUAAAAAGUAAUUCUUUGUGAAGAAAAUUCGAGUGUUUGUUGACCAACUACAUCCUCAAGCAUCGAAUUUCAUUCAGUUCUCGUAUCCAAGUGAUCAAAGUUCAGCUCGAGUUAACACGUAACUACGUAUUAUUAUCGCUCAGUCUUGUCGAGGCAGAGCCAGGAAAAUUGCCGCUCAAAUUUCAGAAAAUCAUUCCCAAUUUAAUCGUUACUUAAUCCAAGUUGUACUCCAUGGCACAGCUAGUGUCGGUAAAGAAGAUUGAAAGUAAUGGUGGCCUUCAUGACAAAGUUAGUUUGAACAACAUCAACAUGUCAGAAGGAAACCCGAAAAACCCUGUGGAAAAUAGCGCAAUUCAACACAAAGAACAAAAUGGAAUUGUUACUCAUCCUCAGACAGAACCUCAAACUAAUGGAAAUGGAAUCAAAAAUGAUUGCAGUCGCCAUGAGAAUAACGAUGGACCAAAAACUAUCCAACAUGGCGCCAGUGAUGAUGAAUCGAUACCAAUCCAGUUGGAACCGGCUGAAUCAUUUUGGACAACAAAGGCCGACUCGGCUAUCAAGAUAAGAAUAGGAGAUGAUGAAAAUACUAAACUAGCUCCAACCACUGUUAUACAAUUGCUGGAAAACACUGUUAAAGUGGCCGCUAACAGAAUCGCACUUGGGGUAAAGAGAGAUGGAAAAUGGCGAAUUUGGACUUACUCUGAAUAUUAUGAGGAAGUUAGGUCUGCAGCCAAGUCCUUUAUCGAGCUUGGUUUGGAACCCUCUCAUGGAGUUGGAAUCAUUGGGUUUAAUGCACCUGAGUGGCUGAUAUCAGAUCUAGGUGCUAUAUGUGCAGGUGGUCUUGCGGUAGGCAUCUACACAACCAAUUCUCCUGAGGCUUGUCACUUUGUUGCAAGUGACUCCAAGUGUAAUAUUAUUGUUGUUGAAAACAAAAUCCAGCUUGAUAAGAUACUGAAGGUAUGGGACAAACUUCCACACUUGAAAGCUAUCGUACAAUAUACUGGUACAAUCGAAGAAAAAAGGCCCAAUGUAUAUGAUUGGAAUGAAUUCUUACAAGCAGGAAAGAAUAUCAGUGAGGCUACAUUACAAGAUACAAUCAAUGGACUCAAACCUAACAAAUGUUGCACCCUUAUUUACACUAGUGGAACCACAGGAAACCCAAAAGGAGUAAUGUUAUCACAUGAUAACAUGACAUGGACAGCAAAGAUGGCAUGUAAACAUGUGAAUGCUGGUCAGAAAGGAGAAGAACAUAUUGUCAGUUAUCUUCCUCUAAGUCACAUUGCAGCACAGGUAAGUUGGUAUCCUAAAAAUUGGAGACUUCUAAAAGGAUCUAGAUAUGUUGACGAUUGUACAUAAGUGUUUCUGUUUACU